AUGAGUGCUAUCUCCCCUCGUCCCGGUACGAAUGGCUCGUCUUGUGAGAGACGGACGUCGUUUACGUCUAUCCCGACGUCUACUACCUCCUCAAGCCAACCUGCCUACAAUGGGCCGCAAAAACUUCCUUCCCAGACUUCCCUGCGUCGACGAUCCCCAAAUAGUUCAUUAUCAUCCUCGCGCCCGCUAUCUGCCCAAUCGUACACCAGCUUCCAAGCGAAACAUAAACGGCUAAAGUCCCAAUACCCUCUAGACUCUCCAGAGCUGCAUGUCGAGUAUAUUCUUGUCGCCUCGUUCCACGUCGACCGUGGCCCCAUUAUGGAACACCAAUAUCCCAGUGCGAUUAGCGGCGAUGAACAUAUGUUGGCGGAACUCAUGUUACCAGAUCAAACCCAUGUUCGCAGCCAAGAUUGGACUAUAUUUUUCCUUCACAAGGAUGCUGGGACGGAGGAAGAGAACGAAUAUGUGGAACCAUCCGCAGGCCAACAUGCUGAAAACAAUAUCAAUAGCCAGGAAAAUGGGGGACUGAAUGACGACGGUUCGGAGGUAUCUGAGGCUGAUGAAGGCGAAGAUGAGGACAAUGCGGAAGGCCCACCGCUAAUGUAUGUCUUAAAUCUUGUCAACACGAAACAAGAUACAUCAGUAAAACGAGGAGCUGUUGUUAAAGCCAUGGCAAUUUGUACCCGCCAUUCUUUUCUUCAUAUAUACAAGCCUUUACUUCUGCUGGCGUUGGAAGAUUACUUUAAAUCCCCUUUUCCGGAAACCCUAGCCGCAUUGUAUCACGCACUAAAUGCAAUGGAUCUCUCAUUGUUGCCCCGAUUUACCUACCUUGAACGGCAUAUCCUGCAGGCUAGUGACGCAAAAGAUAUGUUCAUUGAGAAAUUUGAGCAGAUGAUUAAGCAAAGAUCGGCAGAUGAAAAGUUCCUCCGUGACACCGAGGGAUCCCCCCAAAAGUAUUCCUCUUCCCAUCCGAAGCACGCCCUUCCCAGAGAUACCCAUGAAUUUGAGUCCAAAAUUAUUUAUAACGAUAUUGCAAUACCGGUCAAAGUCCCUUCAGCCAUUUCUCCGGAAACUGUCGGCAACUUCUCUCUUAUCAAACUCAUACAAAUCUUUUCAGGUCCUCACGCUAGUUCACCACAGCCUUUUGCGCUACAUCCUCACCUUACUAGCAGCGGGGCAUAUACGCAUCCUAUUAUUGUCUUGGUCAAUGCCUUACUUACUCAGAAACGUGUUAUAUUCUUGGGUCAUAACCGCCCGUCUGGGGAAGUUGCUGAGGCUGUUCUCGCUGCUUGUUCCUUGGCAUCCGGGGGCAUUCUACGAGGUUUUACGCGACAUGCAUUCCCGUAUACUGAUCUGACUAAAAUUGAUGAACUUCUGAAGGUCCCGGGAUUUGUGGCCGGUGUCACCAACCCGGCUUUUGCUAACCACCACGAAUGGUGGGAUCUUCUGUGCGAUCUUCCGAGCGGUCGAAUGAAAAUCAGCAGUUAUAUCGAACCAGCUCCCGUUACAGAGGGGUCUCUAUAUUUCCAACAACUAAAUUUACCCGCACAAUCAUCAGUACUCAAUUCUGGAUCUUCGUCGGGUGAUCUAACUGGCGACUCCACUUUUAUGGACGAUAUCAUACGGAGCGUUGCAUCGCGACACGGAGAGGGAGCCAUCCGUGCAAAGUGGCGGGCUUACAUCACGAAGUUUACCAGAAUUUCUGCGACUUUCGAGCAAACAGUCUACGGGGCAACUGCACUUCAUAUCAUUGCACCUAGCGAUGAUUCCGUUGACGAUCAACCAGAAGGCCAGACUGGGAGUUCCGACCCAGCUUAUCUUCGUGGGCAUGGUUACGUUUGGCCCGACGAGCUAACCAAACAGCGUGAAUUAACUGCUUGGGUAUCUCGAAUCGAAGGCUGGAGGAAUACUCGUUCGUAUUACUAUUUCAUCCAAGACACUGCGGCGCUCUAUCUUGCGGGGCGUCCCGUCCAAUCUAUUGAUAUCCACCAUCAUCAUGAUAGGUUGCGGUCGCUUAAACUGAGCCACACAGAUUCAGCACAGAUCUAUCUUGCCCUCUCUCACGUUUGCCAAGACUAUAAUUCCAUAUGCCAACUUCUAACAGUCACCCCGGAAAGUCAGGCAGGCCUGUUUUACCUUUCUAUGGGGCUUUUCCACCCCGAUCCAACGAUACGAGAAACUGUUCUCGAUCUUUUGGACAGAAUUGCUGCGCACGAAGCUGGCCGUCAUUUCUGGGCACAGCUGAGCCGGUUCACCAAACUUACAUAUUUUAGAUUAAAAAAGGAGAUAGACUCUAAAGCCAGUCCCGAUGAAGAUUCUCAAAACGAAUCGUCUGGGCCAGGAUGGGCCAGGAGAAGCUAG